CUAGCAGCUGGAGCCAGGAAAUUGUGGUUGCCUAGCAAGUUUUACAUCUAGGGUGCAAAGUUUGAAGACGUGUUGCUCGGCUGCUGUCUGUGCUGUAAACUGAAAGCUCACAACAACUGCGCUAAAAACAUUGUUCUCCCGUCGAAGUCCAGGUGGCAACGGUGACGGUUCAACAUGUCGGUCGCAGGACUAAAGAAGCAAUUUUACAAAGCGAGUCAGAUGGUGAGUGAGAAAGUUGGAGGUGCAGAGGGAACCAAACUGGAUGAAGACUUCAGAGACCUUGAGAGGAGAGCAGAUGUGACCAGCAGGGCAGUGGUGGAAGUUAUAAAUAAAACAUCAGAAUACCUCCAGCCCAAUCCAGCAACAAGAGCCAAGCUUUCCAUGCUCAACACAGUGUCCAAAAUCCGUGGGCAGGUGAUGAGUCCUGGCUACCCCCAGCCUGAAGGCCUCCUGGGGGAAUGCAUGACCAAGUAUGGACGGGACAUGGGCGAGGACUCUAACUUUGGUGGGGCUUUAGUGGACAUUGGGGAGUCGAUGAAGAGGCUGGCAGAGGUCAAGGACUCUCUGGAUAUUGAUGUAAAGCAGAACUUUAUUGACCCACUGCAGGCAGUUGCCGAGAAGGAUGUCAAAGACAUUCAGCACCACCUUAAGAAGCUGGAGGGCCGCCGACUGGACUACGAUUACAAAAAGAAACGUCAAGGAAAAAUCCCAGACGAAGAGCUCAGGCAGGCCCUGGAGAAGUUUCAUGAGUCCAAAGACAUGGCUGAAUGCUCCAUGCACAACCUGCUUGAAACAGAUGUGGAGCAGGUGAGUCAGCUGUCUUCUUUGGUGGAGUCUCUGCUGCAGUACCACAAACAGGCCUCACAGGUCCUGGAGGAGCUUUCUGAAAAACUGAGGGAAAGGGUGAAUGAGGCUCAGUCUCGGCCAAGACGUGAGUACACACCCAAGCCAAGACCAGUUUUCGACUAUGGCGAUUCGGAACAAUCUAACGGAGGAUACUCACCAGCUGCUUCAAGCCCUCCAGCUUACUCUUCUGCUCCUGCUCAAUAUCCUGGUCCAUCCUUCCAACGAUCCUCCAUCAAGAACAAAGCGCGUGAGCCGUGUUGCAAAGCCCUGUACGACUUUGACCCUGAGAACGACGGAGAGCUGGGCUUCCACGAGGGCGACGUCAUCACUUUGGUCAGUCGGAUCGAUGAGAACUGGUUUGAAGGAAGCCUUCGGGGCAAAUCCGGAUACUUCCCCAACAACUAUGUUGAAGUUAUGGUGCCUCUGCCAUAAUGAAAACGGCCAGGCAAGAGAUGGUACGGCAGGAAGGAACGGACAGACAGAGUGUCAAUAAUAAUCCAAAGAUAUCUUUUCAUCAGUCUUAUCAAAGGGUCUCCAAAAAGACACCUUUUUUGUAAUUAGAGGCAAGACUUUUUUUUUCUUUUUCUUUUUUUUUUUAAGAAAAAAAUAUCUCUAAGUAUGUCGAGAUUUGAUGUUUUUAACUGUAAGGACAGAUCAAUCAGAAAGAAAGAGCAACAUAAUGUUUCGGUGCUUUUCCAAAUUCUAAAAUUUGACAUUAAUUAAUUCUCUUUGCACCAUUGCACUUUGUACACUACACCUCCAUCACCGGGACCCAUGAAGAUCAAGAAAAAAUGACUAGUAAAAACAUGUCCAGAAGCAUCCACAAACACUAAGAAGUGUAACUACUUUAUUCUUUUACUAGUAGCCUAUUUUAUUUGCCCAGGUGAUAUGUUUUGAACUCUAAAAACGUUGAAAUGUUAAUAUUGGUACUGCACACGCAUGCAUUUACAUGCAGUGUUUUCUACACUCCCAGUUUUUACUUCCGUGUCUGCAGUAUUUGUACUGUUGUCAUUCUGGUCUGGCUCGAGUUAACAUGGAGGACUGGCUGCCUUAUAUCCAUGUUUGAGACUAUCUUCCACUGCCCUCUGGUGGUAGUAGAGAUCAUUUGUUUUAGAGGCACUGUUAGGACCUCUUAUUAUCCAUAUCUUUUUAUGGCUUAUCUUAUGUUUAAGUGUUGUAAGACGUCUACAAUAGCCAGAGCAUGUAACAUCAAAUGACUGCUAUUUUGAAUGCUUCCUGAUUUAACGCUAUUUAAGAUCAGAAAUCCAGAGGCAGCUUUGCACACAUUAGCUCAGUUUAUUGGUGAUAGAAAGUUUGAUUUAUGUUUGAGUUGGCUGGCGGUCAAAUAUUUGCAGUUUCAUAACCUGCAUCACACCAAAGUAUGCCAGGAAUUUAUUUUACUCAUAUCCCCUCUGUUGUUGUUCACUGCACUCCAGUUUUCAUAGAGCUGAUGCCAAAGAAAGGCUGCAUGUGUUUCCAGAGGCUGCUUUUUUGACAUUCAGGGAGGCAUAGUUUGCACAGCGAGUGCUUCACAGUUGAUUCAGAUCUUUGCAAACACCAUUUUCCCAUCUAUCACUGCAUAUUUUAAGGAAGAAAGCAGUCACUUGUUCCCAUUACUGUUUAAACCCUCACAAUGAAACAGUUUAUUUUAGCAUCCACCAAAGCCGUAAGCAUAAAUACGUAAGUUCCUCUAUUUUCUCAGGCUCUAUUGAUGCUGCUGGCAGUGUCAUUCAAACUGAUUUGUGGGCUUUUACCAAACUGUUGGUCAAUGUUUUUUCAGUCAGGGACUUGUUUUUCACAUAUAUUGCUGGGGUAAGUUUGGCUUUUCUAUUCUAAUUUUGAAGCAUGGUAAUCAGUGUGAUGUGAAUUUAGUGUUUUUUGUACCUGCUUCUGUUUUCAGGCUGAAACUGUGCACCACUGGUGACAGAAAAUGCUAUCUCCAAACUAUUGUGUACAGAAUUUACUUAUAAUGAAGAAGGCCUGCACACAAUGGCUGGUUUCAGUUUCAAUUAAGCCUAUUACAAACUGACUGUGAACUGAGAAUGUUUGUGCUGUUCACGAAAAUGCCAACUUUCUCAUCUUGUCAUGAUCCCCUUGUUAAACCGCCCCCCGCCCCACUCAUGUCUCCCAUCUCUGGUUUAACAGGGAGCGGAACAGACAGGUCUUUUCAGCUGGGAAGGGCACACAGCAGUGGAUUAUACCCUCUCUCCCUCCCCCCACUGGUCCUUAUUCACCACCUGCCCCCUUACCCUGUCCCCUUUCUCAUUAUCUGCCCCAUCCCAAUCCCAUGGAGCCUCUGGAGCUCAGUGUCCUGGUCCAUCCCUCGUAUAAUCUCCUCAUUGUUGUCAUAGUAUGUGCCUCUUAAAUGAUAUAUUUGCAUGCGUGCUUUGUUAUUCAUGCUAGGUGUAGGGCCAGGGGCUAUGCUGAGUAAUAACUGCGUGGUUCAGGUGUGCGUUUACAUGCCUCAUUACACUAAAAACCCUGGAGUACGAGAGGGUGCAGGAGAUUGGGAGGGGGGGGUUCAGGUCGUGCUUUUAUGCCGCUUGUAUAACAUUGACGAUGAAUGAUGUCGUGGAACAAAGAACCAAGAUCAAUUUUUGUGUGCUGCUGUCAAAGCUGAAAUAGUUGUCUGAAUGCUGUGGCUGACGAUUACAGCACUACAUUUUUUGUAUUGCCUCUUUUCUAUAAGUGUGUAUCUUGUUGCAAUAUUGAUGAAGUAUUAUCAGACUAAAAAGCUUUAUUUUAUUUUACCUAAUGUUAAUGGACUUGUAUGUUUAAAUGUAGUUGCUUUGCAUGUGUCUUUAUUACAGCCUUCUGUGUCUUAAGCAAUGCUUUAUUUUGGCAACUGUGACAUGGUGGGGAGACCAAAAGUGGGAUUAUCCUGGAUUUUCUUUAGGAUAUUUGGAUUACCUCUAUACUAAUCUUCUAUUAUUAAGUAUUUUAUAUUUCUAUCACUAUGUAAAGGGGAAUGGAUGCUGUCCUUCAAAUAAAUAUUGAAUAAUUUGA